GCCGCCGUCAUCAAGUUCCGCCACCUGCGCUCCAAAGUCACCAACGCGUUCGUGAUCUCUCUGGCGGUGUCCGACCUGUUCGUGGCCGUGCUGGUGAUGCCCUGGAGGGCGGUGUCCGAGGUGGCCGGGAUCUGGCUCUUCGGCCGCUUCUGUGACACCUGGGUGGCGUUCGACAUCAUGUGCUCCACCGCGUCCAUCCUCAACCUGUGCAUCAUCAGCAUGGACCGCUACUGGGCCAUCUCCAGCCCCUUCAAGUACGAGCGCAAGAUGACGCGCAGGUUCGCCUUCCUGAUGAUCGCCGUCGCGUGGACCCUCUCCAUCCUCAUCUCCUUCAUCCCCGUGCAGCUCAACUGGCACCGCGCGCACAACUCCACGGCGGGCAACCCGGACGACUGCAACGCGAGCCUGAACCGGACCUACGCCAUCUCCUCGUCCCUCAUAAGCUUCUACAUCCCCGUGGUGAUCAUGGUGGGCACGUACACGCGCAUUUUCCGCAUCGCGCAGACACAAAUCCGACGCAUCUCGUCCUUGGAGAGGGCGGCGGGGCCCCGUGCGCAAAACCACCGCCACCGCGCGUCGACGCACGACGAAAGCUCGCUGAAGACCUCCUUCAAGAGGGAGACUAAAGUUUUAAAGACUCUGUCCAUCAUCAUGGGGGUGUUUGUGUUCUGCUGGCUGCCGUUCUUCGUCCUGAACUGCGUGGUUCCGUUCUGCGACCUGGACCAACUCGGAGCGCCGCCGUGCGUCAGCGACACCACCUUCAGCAUCUUCGUGUGGUUCGGCUGGGCCAACUCGUCCCUGAACCCGGUCAUCUACGCCUUCAACGCCGACUUCAGGAAGGCCUUCUCCACCAUCCUGGGCUGUAAUAAGUACUGCUCCACGUCCGCGGUGGAGGCGGUGGACUUCAGCAACGAGCUGGUGUCUUACCACCACGACACCACCCUGCAGAAGGAGGCCUGCGCCGUGCCGGGUCCCGGGGCGGCGCAGAGGCUCCCGCCGCAGACCGGAGGGAACCUGGAGCAGAACUUCGACAAAGUGUCAGUGAUUUCGGAUGAUUCCCGCCCCCGCAGCAACCUGCUGCUGCCCGCCAUCCUGCAGUACGAGUGCGAGGCGGAGAUCUCUUUGGACAUGAUGCCGUUCAGCUCCUCCGGACCCGCAGACUGUUACCUGAUUCCGGGUCAGAUCCAGGACCUGUGA